AUGAUGAGAAGCAAAUCCAUAGUCAUCAAUUCCAAAUCCAAUUCCAAGAACAGUACCUCCACCAUCGCCGCAACGUCAGCUCUAAGACGUUCCGCCUCAAACGCCAUCGUUGCAACCGCCGUAGCACACACUAAUGAUCUUAACAGAAAACCACCGCGACCGAGGUCCGUAGAGUUUCCGGUAUCUCCUCAACUGAUACAAGGGGAAGAGAUGGUCCACUUCGGACAUCCUCAACACGUGCUGGUCAAAGUUGACUUGCCUGAUAUCUACACGUGUGCAGGGUGUAAAGAAGAAGGAGCAGGGAUUAGGUUCGUGUGUCAAGAGUGCGAUUAUCAGCUGCAUGAGUUUUGUGCUUUGGCUCCGCCUCUACUCAAGUCACACCCUUUUCACUACCAGCAUCAACUUCUCUUCUUUGCCAAGCCUGCGAAAGGAGGUAUAAUGAAAUCAAAAUGCGACGUGUGUGGAAGAUCACCAAAAGGUUACAACUUUAGAUGUAAAGCUUGCAGUUUCCAAAUGCAUCCUGGCUGCGCCAUGUUAUCUCCUUCCCUCUCCUCCUCCUCUCUCCACCACCACCCUCUCCGCCUCCUUCCUUCUUCCUCCGCCGCAAAUACCACUGGAGGAGAUUAUUCCGGCGCCGCUGGUGGAUUUCUUUGCGGAGAGUGCAAGAGAGGUAAGCGAGUCGGGAGGGUAUACCGUUGCACCGUCUGCGAUUACCACUUGCAUGCCGUUUGCGCCAAAGACGCCGCGGUAAACGGGCUCCGAGCAAACGGACACAAAGGGAAGGACAAGUCUCCGGCGGUUUUGGGAACGGCCGCGAGGUUGGCGUCGCAGGUUGUGAUUGAUUUUCUCGGUGGUAUAAUGGAAGGUAUCGGUGAAGGUGUUGGUGAGGCUAUUUUGGACGGUGUGACUAGAGGAGGUGGAGGUGGCGGCGGCGGCCGUGGAAAUGAAGGUGCCACUACGGUAAUUCCACGUGUCAGAGGAGGGUAA